ACCGCAGUAAACAGGCAGCUGUUUGAAAAAAAAAACUGAAUUUGUCAUCGCUUCAUAUUGAUAAGUGUAAUUUUAAUAAAUUUUUUGUUUUUAAAAAGAAAAUCAUAUAAAAUCUAACAAAAUGCAUGGACGUUUGAAAGUACGAACCACCGAAGAGGAAAGGGAGCGCAAAAAGAAAGAGCAGGCCUUAAAGGUGAAAGCCUAUAAGGCGGCCAUGGCAAAAAUCAUGAGCAAACGUAAGAAUCUGGAAUAUGAUGAUGAAAUGUUAAUGUACACCACCCCUAUACUGCAAAGAAAUCCUGAUGUGUCCACUUUAUGGAAUAUAAGAAGAGAAUGCAUUUUAGCUAAGGUAAAUAAGUUAAAGGAGGAGGAAGAGAAAAAGCCGGAGGAGGAUGAAGAAGUGGAAAAGAAAGACAACAAAGAGGAGGCCAUACAAAAAGUAUUUGAGACUGAAAUAUCAUUAACUGAACAAUGUUUAUUGGUUAAUCCUAAGAGUUAUAAUAUAUGGCACCAUCGCAUGUGGCUGUUGGAAAAGGCACCCCAAGCCAAUUGGCAGCGGGAGGUGUUAUUGUGCAAUAAGUACUUAAAAAUGGAUGAACGUAAUUUUCAUACUUGGGACUAUAGACGUUAUGUAGUGGAGAAGGCUGAAGUAGCCAAACAAGAGGAAUUGGAUUUUUGUACCGAAAAAAUUAAAGUAAAUUUUUCCAAUUAUUCUUCUUGGCAUCAUAGAAGUCUCUUAUUGCCCGUUUUGUAUCCCUAUGAGGGAGAAGCUAAACCCAAAAGACCCAUGAGUGAAGAAAAACUUAAAGAGGAGUUAGAAAUGGUUUUAACGGCGGCAUUUACCGAUCCCAAUGAUAGUUCGGCUUGGUUUUAUCAAAGAUGGUUAUUGGGUUACUCACAACCAGAGCUGGCGGUGGCAGGUUUUCGCUGCAGCCAAGAUAAAACUGUGGUGGCAUUUACCAAACCCAUUACCAGUGAGGGUUUGAAACUUACUCUUAAGGCAAAUGAUAAGCUCUUUGAAAUUAAAGAUUUUAAAUCUUUAAAUAAUAAAAUUUCCGAUACGGUUUAUUACAGUAA